ACGCGCCGCCGCUGGGCUCUGCCCGCGGGUCCCGGGCGCGCAGCCCUCGGCCCGCCGCCCGGCCCGGGCCCCGGAGCGCGGUGGAGGAGCCCCCCGAGGAGCCGGGGGCCCGCGCCCCGCGCCCCCCAGACAUGGUGGGCCACCUGCAUCUGCAGGGCAUGGAGGAGAGCCUCAAAGAGAAGAGCCGGGAGGGCUUGCUGGACAGCCCCGACUCCGGGCUGCCCCCCAGCCCCAGCCCCAGCCCGCCCUUCUACUCGCUGGCGCCCGGCAUCCUCGACGCCCGAGCGGGGGGCGCCGGCGCCUCCUCGGAGCCCCCGGGACCCGGCGAGGCCAGAGCGCCCCCUGCCCUCCCCCCGAAUUCCCCAGCGCUUGAGAUGAGGCCCCGGAUGCUGCCUGUGUUCUUUGGGGAGAGCAUCGAGGUGCACCCAGAGCCCACGCACGAGAUCCGCUGCAACUCGGAGGUCAAGUACGCCUCGGAGAAGCACUUCCGGGACAAUGUCUUCUACGCGCCGGUGCCCACGGUCACGGCCUACAGCGAGACGAUCGUGGCAGCACCCAACUGCACGUGGCGCAGCUACCGCAGCCAGCUGACCCUGGAGCCGCGGCCCCGCGCCCUGCACUUCCGCAGCACCACCAUCAUCUUCCCCAAGCACGCCAGGAGCACUUUCCGGACCACCCUGCACUGCAGCCUGGGCCGGCCCAGCCGCUGGUUCACGGCCAGCGUGCAGCUCCAGCUGUGCGAGCACCCCCGGCUCCUGGGGCCCGCGGCGGCGCUCUGA